GUCAACGUGAUCUUUCCCUUACUACUAGACUCUUCUCUCGGCUGUUUCGCCGACGGUAGACUGCGGAUGUGUACUUUGUGGGACCUUACUUGAUGUUUGUUUUUUAUAGGAAUUGGUAAUUCGACGGACCGAACCGGAAGUGCUACUCCUCUCGUGAAAACUGUUGAGGGAGUGUUGUUACCGUGGUGACGUCUGUCGUCCAGUGCAUCCCCUGCUGGUGAUGGAGCAGAAGGCUGGGGAUGCAGAGAAAUCGGGAGGUCCUGAGGAGGAACUUGGAGCCCUGGAGGAACGACUCAGGCUUCUGUCCAUCGCCCGACGGACUCGCCCUGUGGAGCCAUCUUACCUGUUGGACCUUGCACUCCAGCAAGGAGGCUGUCUGGCAGUGGCCUGCUCUGACUUCACCGUCCGGCUCCACGAUAGCGAGACCCUCCAGCUGCGGGGCGAGUACCAUGGCCACCAAGGGGCGCUGUGUGGCAUCACACCCUCACAUUGCUCCGCAGAACUGCUUUAUUCAGGUUCGGCCGACGGGACCGUGAGAGCUUGGGACCUGCGGAUGCCCGGGUCGAGUCCUGUAAAGACUCUUCGCAGCAAAGAGUCGUACAGUCUCUGCAGUUUGGACCUGAGCUGCAGCGACACGCUGCUGUGUGCUGGAACUGAGCAAGUGGACCAGGAGGACAGCUACCUCCUUUUCUGGGACCCCAGGAAGGACGGGCUGCUACUGGGGGCGUACUCGGAGUCGCACAGUGAUGACAUCACUCAGGUGCGCUUCCACCCGACAGACAAAGAUCGUAUGGCGUCAGGCUCUACCGAUGGGCUGGUGAACGUGUUCGACCUGAGCCAGGGGGCGGAGGACGAUGCCCUGCUGGCCACCUGCAACAGCGACUCGUCGGCUAGCUCCGUGUGCUGGUGCGGCCCGGGCCUGGACCAGCUGCUGUGUCUGAGCCACGACGAGGGUCUCCAUCUGUGGGACCUCAGCUGUCUGCACAACGACCAGGCGAUCACACGCUUCAGCACCCCGGACGCUCGCAGCCUUCCUCUGCUGCCGGGCGAGGCCUGUCUGGAUUACCUGGUCGGGGGGCGGUGGCUAGUGGACGCCCAGAAACUCUUGGUAGUGGGCGGGACUAACACGGGCACGGUGCACCUGAUGGAGUGCGACAACAGGGGGCUCCACCUGCUCCGGAGCCUGGAGGGGGGCCAUACUGCCACUGUGCGCUGCUUCCUGUGGGACGCUGCAAGGGAGACUCUGGUCAGCGGGGGGGAGGACGGCCAGCUGCUGCAGUGGCGACCGGGCGGCGCAGAGCUCACAGUGGGGAAACAGCCGUCACUGAAAAGCCAGUCCACUUUGAAACUCAAAUCUAGACCCCAUCACCAGCGUGGUCGAACCAGGAACAGGAAGGCCCCGUCCUGAGAGACUGUCUUCUGCCUUCUAAUGUAGCAACAUCGCCGUUUGGCUAUUGGCUGUGACACACUUGCUCUUAAUAACAACUCCAAACGCUGGAAGGAAGGGACAUGGUCCUCCUCAGCUCAGCGCCUCGGAGCUGAUGGAAAUAGUGGGUGCAUUGGUUUCAUGACGAAAAAUAGCUUGUGAAGUUGCAGUUCUGUAUGACGUAUUUUCAAAUAAAACUGAAUGUUAGCUGGACCACCACCCCAGGAGCAGCUACUCCCUCUGACGCUGGAGUGCAGAUAAAUUUAAGACAUUUUUAUUCUCACUUUUAGCCUGGGUUAAUAUCUAAGAUGGAACUUUAAAGAGAUGGUGCUUUAAAUCUUGCAUGAAACGUUAUUUUAGUACAUUUUAUGGUCCUUUCUACAUUUUGAUUUUUAUGGAACAUUUGACUUUGAAAUGUCUUUGCGUGUUGACCAUAACAAAAACAAUUGUUUCACAUUCAAAAUAAAU